GCCUUGAGGGCGGCGCUUCCGGUCGGCGGAGCCUGGCGGCCGGAGCUGCAGCGGCGGCUGAGACGCGGGGAUGGCGGGCGCUGGGAGCGAAGCCCGGUUUGCCGGGCUGUCGCUGAUGCAGCUCAACGAGCUGCUGGAGGACGAGGGACAGCUGACGGAGAUGGUGCAGAAGAUGGAGGAGACGCAGAAUGUUCAGCUCAACAAAGAAAUGACGCUCGCCAGCAACCGGAGCCUGGCAGAAGGAAACCUCCUGUACCAGCCCCAGCUCGACGCCCUCAAAGCGCGUUUGACCCAAAAAUACCAGGAACUGCAGGUUCUCUUUGAAGCCUAUCAGAUAAAGAAGACCAAAUUAGACCAGCAGUCUAGCAGCGCUUCCCUGGAGACGCUGCUGGCGCUCCUGCAGGCCGAAGGGGCCAAGAUUGAGGAAGACACCGAGAACAUGGCGGAGAAGUUUCUGGACGGAGAGCUUCCUUUGGACUCCUUCAUCGAUGUCUAUCAGAGCCAGCGGAAACUGGCCCACACGCGAAGAGUGAAAAUCGAGAAGCUCCAGGAGCUGGUGCUGAAGGGGCAGAGACUUCCGCAGGCCUCUGUGCCGGCCCCGCUGCUGCCCAGGGUGCCCGAGCCGGUGCCCGCCGCCCCCCUGCCCUACCCUACCUCAGAGGCCAGCGGGCCCCCCUCCAUGCUACCUCGGCGCAUCCCCCCGCCUCCGCCUCCGGUGCCUGCAGGACGCUUGGCCACGCCAUUUACCACCGCCAUGGGCUCAGGACAGGCGCUCCCGUACCCGGGGUCCCAGUGCCCGCCCCUGCCCCCCCGCGUGGGCCUGGCCCCCCAGCAAGGAUUCUCCGCGCAGUUCGUGUCUCCAUACCCGCCCGCUCUCCCCCAGAGACCCCCGCCGCGGCUGCCGCCACACCAGCCCGGCUUCAUCCUCCAGUGAGUUUCCCCCGUCCUGCCUGGGAGGCCGCACCUGCCGGCCGGGCCUCUGCACGCACAGGCUGUGAGGACCAGGGUGCCGGUGCCCUGGGCCAGCACACCCAUUUGAUUUUAGAACUAGUAGGUCAGCGGUAAGUAGCCAUAGGACCCGGUUUGGUAGCCGGGGGUUGUGUGUGCAAGGCCUCCGCCACGGUCGCGUGGGUUUGUUUUCGGUGUGAUUUCUAAGUCUUGUAACGUUGACGGACUUCUCCGUCUGGGGGAAGAGCACCCUCCCUGCCCACCUGCAACCGUGGUCCUCCCCUCGUGGGUUCAUUUAAUGCGCAUGUUCCAUCGUUUCUGCUUCGUUUGCAAAAGACUGGGCCACACGGGCUCGCCCACCACACGCCACAGUCCCCGGUCAGGGUGGGCCAGGUGGGCCGCCUGGAAGGUGCUUAAUGAAUCUGGG